GACUCAUUCACUCACACCAUCGUUCACACACACACACAAAAGAAACCCACAAAAAGCAUUCAUAACUCCUUCCUUUGUUUCUUCCGUCACCAUUCGCGGUUUCAUCACUUCGCCAUACCUCAACCUUCAACCUUUGAUUGGAUCUUUGUUUUCUUGUCUUCUUGUUUUUUUCUUGUUUUCCAAACAGGGUAUAAGCCUGUGUGAAGAGAGUGCGAUAUGCAUGAUAAUUGGCGUGAACACCCGAUCCCUUGGGUGCUUCUACCAACUCCACCACCGCAUUAGUUAAAUUCGGUGUUGGAAUCGGACAAAGGUUCGAGUGAGCGACUCAAAGGGCCAAAGCGCCAAAGCAAAGCCAGAGAAAGCAAAAUGAUUGAUUCGGUUCUUCUCGCUCUUUUCUUGCCAUGCCUCGGCAUGACUGCGGUUUUUAUCGUCUACAUGUGCCUUCUUUGGUACGCCACCACCCGCCACCAUCCCUCCGGUAAUGGGCUACCGGUGAAGCAGGUCGCUAACAAGGGUCUUUCUCCUCUGGAGUUGGAGAAACUCCCCAAAAUCACCGGCAAAGAACUAGUUUUGGGUACCGAAUGCGCCGUUUGCCUGGACGAGAUCGAGGGCGAGCAACCGGCUAGACUGGUCCCCGGUUGCAACCAUGGCUUCCAUGUCCAAUGUGCUGAUACUUGGCUCUCCAACCACCCUCUCUGUCCUGUUUGUAGGACUAAACUCGAUCCCCAGAUUUUUACUUCCCAUAAUCCCUGUUGAACAUUUCAAUCCUCUGUUAUCUUUCAACCAAAAUAAAUAAGGGAAUUAUUAUUAUUAUUAUUA